UCUUGGCUCCAUUGUUGUUAGUGGUUUUGUAUGUUUCCUUGACAUUCUGUCCUGUUUGUGUAAAACUGAUUUAGAGAAAUGGAAGUGAAAGCUAGAGCUCCGGGGAAGAUCAUACUUGCAGGUGAACACGCUGUUGUCCAUGGUUCCACAGCUGUAGCUGCAGCCAUUGAUCUCUACACUUACGUCACUCUUCGCCUUCCUCUUCAAUCAGAUGAAAACAAUGAUAGGCUUACACUUCAGCUCAAGAACCUUUCCUUGGAGUUUACUUGGUCUGUAGCAAGACUCAAAGAAGGGAUUGCUUACGAUUCAAGCAAUGUUUCACCUUCAACGCCGGCUUCAUGCUCCAGCCAGACACUUAAAUCAAUAGCUGUUUUGGUUGAAGAGCAAAACAUUCCAGAGGCAAAGAUCCAGCUCUCCUCUGGGAUCUCCACCUUUCUCUGGCUUUACACCAGCGUCCUAGGAUUCAUUCCGGCUACUGUCAUCAUUACAACUGAGCUUCCAUACGGAUCAGGCCUCGGUUCAUCAGCAGCUUUCUGUGUAGCUCUCACAGCUGCUCUCAUUGCAUCUUCUAGUUCAGACAAAACUCGUGGUGACGGUUGGUCUUCUCUAGAUGAAACCAAUCUCGAGUUGCUGAACAAAUGGGCGUUUGAAGGAGAAAAGAUCAUCCAUGGGAAGCCUUCAGGGAUAGACAACACCGUCAGUGCAUACGGGAACAUGAUCAAGUUCUGCUCAGGGGAGAUAACUCGGUUAAAGUCAAACAUGCCUCUGAGGAUGUUAAUCACCAACACUAAAGUUGGUCGGAACACGAAGGCUCUGGUCUCUGGUGUGUCAGAGAGAGCGGUCAGACAUCCAGAGGCGAUGAACUCGGUGUUCAAUGCUGUGGACUCUAUAAGCAAAGAGGUGGCUGCCAUCAUCCAAACUAAAGACGAGAUGUCUGUUACAGAGAAAGAAGAGAGGGUAAAAGAACUCAUGGAGAUGAACCAAGGCUUGCUGGAGUCAAUGGGGGUUAGCCACAGCUCGACUGAUACCGUGAUACAAACCACUCAUAAGCACAAACUUACCUCAAAACUGACUGGAGCUGGUGGCGGCGGAUGCGUCCUUACUCUCUUACCUACACUGGUUUCAGGGACGGUGGUGGACAAAGUGGUGCAAGAGCUAGAGUCCAGUGGUUUUCAGUGCUUCACUGCUUCAAUUGGUGGUAACGGAGCUGAGAUUUGCUUUUGAUCAGACUGGAGUAUCCCUGAUGCUUUGUGGUUAACAACAUCAUAUUUGGCUCUCCACCAAUCACCAUUCUUAAAAUUGCUCACUGUCUACUAGAAGGCUGCAACUAGAUGUUCAAAGAGUUGAUUUUUUUUUUACUAUUAUGUAAAAUGCUUUCUCCCCAUGUGAAGUCUCUUCUCUUUUUGUAGAAAUUAAUGCAUGAUUAUGGACAUGAUUGGAAGUUGGAUUCUCUUGAAAGAAGUAUGAACUGACUAUGU